GGAGCUGGAGGAAGCCCUGACUGUACCCCUGGACCCGGGCCAGUUGCAGCUCGAUCUUCCACCAAAGGCGCUCAGUCCUCUGUGCUCCAGCCUCCUGCAGGGACCGCGGGGAGUGCUCCUCCUGCAGAAAGGACGGGAGCCUCCGGGAGUGGGCAGAACAUGCGCCAGGCCCAACAGAGCUGAGCACAGAAGCCCAGGGACAUCACCUCUCCAGGGUUCUCAGGGUUCACACGUGGUGCUUAGACAAACUCAAAAUGAGGAAACACCGACAUUUGCCCUUGGUGGCCAUCUUUUGCCUUUUUCUCUCAGGCUUCUCAUUAACUCGUGCGCAGCAACAAGCAGAUGUCAGAAAUGGUGCCGCUGCCGAUAUAAUAUUUCUAGUGGAUUCCUCUUGGAGCAUUGGAAAGGAACAUUUCCAACUUGUUCGAGAGUUUCUAUAUGAUGUUAUAAAAUCUUUAGCUGUGGGAGAAAAUGAUUUCCGUUUUGCUCUGGUCAAGUUCAACGGCAACCCACAUACCGAGUUCCUGUUAAAUACGUAUCAUUCCACACAAGAGGUUCUCUCUCAUAUUUCCAACCUGUCUUAUAUUGAGGGAAGCAAUCAGACCGGAACAGGAUUAGAAUACGUAACACAGAACCACCUCACUGAGGCUGCUGGAAGCCGGGCCAGGGAUGGAGUCCCUCAGGUUAUCGUAGUGUUAACCGUUGGACACUCGGACCACCGCCUCGCUCUGCCCCCAGCGGAACUUAAGUCUGCUGACGUUAACGUGUUUGCAAUUGGAGUUGAGGAUGCAGAUGAAGGAGCCUUAAAAGAAAUAGCAAGCAAACCGUUCAAUAUGCAUGUUUUCAACCUAGAGAAUUUCACCUCCCUUCAUGACAUAGUAGGAAACUUAGUGUCCUGUGUGCGUUCAUCCGUGGCUCUAGAAAGGGCUGGAGGCACAGAGACCCUUAAAGACAUCACAGCACAAGACUCUGCUGACAUUAUUUUCCUUAUUGAUGGAUCAAACAACACCGGAAGUGUCAAUUUCACAGUCAUUCGCGACUUCCUUGUCAAUCUCCUUGAGAGACUGUCAGUCGGAGCUCAGCAGAUCCGAGUGGGGGUGGUCCAGUAUAGCGAUGAGCCCAGAACCAUGUUCUCCUUGGACACCUACCCCACCAAGGCUCAGGUUCUGGAUGCGGUCAAAGCCCUUGGGUUCAUUGGUGGGGAGUUGGCCAAUAUCGGCUUUGCCCUUGAUUUCGUGGUGGAGAAUCACUUCACCCGGGCAGGGGGCAGCCGCGUGGACGAAGGGGUUCCCCAGGUGCUGGUGCUCAUAAGUGCCGGGCCUUCUAGUGACGAGAUCCACGACGGGGUGGUGGCGCUGAAGCAGGCUAGCGUGUUCUCUUUCGCCCUCGGAGCCCAGGCCGCCCCCAGGGCAGAGCUUCAGUACAUAGCUACCAAUGACAACUUGGUGUUUACUGUCCCGGAAUUCCGUAGCUUUGGGGACCUCCAGGAGCAAUUACUGUCGUACAUUGUUGGCGUGGCCCAAAGGCUCAUUGUCUUGCAACCGCCAACCAUUGUCACACAAGUCAUUGAAGUCAACAAGCGGGACAUACUUUUCCUGGUGGAUGGCUCAUCAGCACUGGACCUGUCCAACUUCAAUGCCAUCCGUGAUUUCAUUAUCAAGGUCAUCCAGAGGCUGGAAAUUGGACAGGAUCUCAUCCAGGUGGCAGUGGCUCAGUACGCAAACUCUGUGAGGCCAGAGUUUUAUUUCAGUAGCUACCCCAGCAAGAAGGAGGUCAUUACCGCCGUGCGGAGAAUGAAGCCCAUGGGAGGCUCGGCCCUGAACACGGGCGCCGCUCUGGACUUCGUUCGGAACAACCUGUUCACUAGUGCGGCAGGUCACCGGGUCACCGAGGGGGUCCCCAAGCUCCUGGUGCUGAUUACAGGCGGUAAGUCCCUAGACGAAGUCAGCCAGCCGGCCCAGGAGCUGAAGAGGAGCAGCAUCCUGUGCUUUGCGGUUGGGAGCAAGGCUGCCGACCAGGCGGAGUUGGCGGACAUGGCCUUUGAUUCGUCGCUGGUGUUCACCCCGGCUGAGUUCCAAGCUGCCCCUUUGCAGGGCAUGCUGCCCAGCUUGCUGGCGCCUCUCAGGACCCUCUCCGGAACCACGGAAGUUCACGUAAACCCAAGGGAUAUCAUCUUUCUUUUGGAUGGAUCGCUCAACGUUGGAAAGACCAACUUCCCCUAUGUGCGGGACUUUGUAAUGAACGUAGUUAACAGCCUUGAUGUUGGAAGCGACAGUAUUCGUGUGGGUUUAGUGCAAUUUAGUGACACUCCGGUCACGGAGUUCUCCCUAAACACGUACCAGACAAAGUCAGAUUUGCUUGCUCACCUGAGACAGCUGCAGCUCCAGGGGGGGUCAGGCCUGAACACGGGCUCGGCCCUGCGCUAUGUCCAUGCCAACCACUUCAUCGAAGCUGGCGGCAGCAGGAUCCGCGAACACGUCCCACAGCUCCUGCUCCUGCUCACGGCAGGGCGGUCUGAGGACUCCUAUUUGCAAGCCGCCAAUGCACUAGCCCGAGAGGGCGUUCUGACCUUUUGUGUGGGAGCUCAUCAGGCGGAUAAGGCCGAGCUUGAGCAGAUUGCUUUUAACCCGAGCCUGGUGUAUCUCAUGGAUGAUUUCCGCUCCCUGUCAGCUUUGCCGCAGCAGCUGAUUCAGCCCCUAACCACAUAUGUUAGUGGAGGUGUGGAGGAGGUGCAACUCACCCAGCCAGAAAGCAAGCGAGACAUUCUAUUCCUCUUUGAUGGCUCAGCCAAUCUUGUGGGACAGUUCCAUGUCGUCCGUGACUUUCUCUACAAGGUGAUCGAUGAGCUUGAUGUGAAGCCAGAUGGGACCCGAAUUGCAGUGGCUCAGUACAGCGACAAUGUCAGGGUCGAGUCUCAUUUUAAUCAGCACCAGAACAAGCCUGAAAUCCUGAAUCUCGUGAAGAGAAUGAAAAUCAAGACUGGAAAAACCCUCAACGUGGGCUAUGCCCUGGACUAUGCAGUCAGAUCCAUUUAUGUGAAGUCUGCCGGGAGCCGGAUAGAGGAUGGAGUGCCCCAGUUCCUGGUGCUGCUGGUGGCAGGACGCUCGUUUGAUAGUGUGGAAGGGCCGGCACGCCUGCUGAAGGAGAGGGGGGUGGUGCCUUUUGUGUUACAGGCCAAGAAUGCAGACCCUGCCCAGUUAGAGCAGGUAGUACUAUCCCCCGCCUUUAUCUUGGCUGCAGAGUCACUUCCCAAGGUUGGAGAACUUCAACCACAGAUUGUGAAUCUCCUGAAAACAGUGCCUUCACCAGUUUCAGCUGAAAAGGAUGUGGUGUUUCUGCUCGACGGCUCUGACGGUGUCAGGAGCGGCUUCUCUCUGUUGAAGGAUUUUGUCCAGAGAGUGGUGGAGAGCCUGGAUGUGGGCCCAGACCGAGUCCGUGUGGCCGUGGUGCAGUACAGUGACCGGACCAGGCCCGAGUUCUACCUGAAUUCAUACAUGGAUCAGCAGAGUGUGGUCAAUGCCAUUCGAAGCCUGGCACUGCUGGGAGGGCCGACCCCCAACACCGGGGCCGCCCUGGACUUUGUCCUGAGGAAUAUCCUGAUUAGCUCUGCCGGAAGCAGGAUAGCAGAAGGCGUCCCCCAGCUCCUGAUCGUCCUCACAGCAGACAGGUCCGGGGAUGACGUGAGAGGCCCCUCGGUGGUCCUGAAGAGGGGCGGGGCUGUGCCCAUCGGCAUCGGCAUCGGGAACGCCGACAUCACGGAGAUGCAGACCAUCUCCUACAUCCCAGGCUUCGCCGUGGCCGUUCCCACCUUCGGGCAGCUGGAGAGCGUCCAGCAGGACAUCUCCCGGAGGGUGACCCAGCUCACCAGGGAAGAGCUGAGGACGCUGCAGCCAGAGGUGAUUAUUCCAUCGAGGCCAGGUGCAGGCAGCAAGAAGGAUGUGGUCUUUCUCAUCGAUGGGUCCCUACGUGCUGGCCCUGAGUUUCAGUACAUCCGCACCCUCAUUGAGAGGUUGGUGGACUCGCUGGACGUGGGCUUUGACACGACCCGGGUGGCAGUCAUCCAGUUCAGUGAGGACACCAAUGUGGAGUUCUUGCUCAAUGAAUACUCCAGCAAGGAGGAGGUGCAGAAUGCGGUGAGGCGGCUGCGGCCCAAGGGCGGGCGGCAGAUCAACGUUGGGAAUGCCCUGGAGUAUGUGUCAAAAAAUAUCUUCAAGAGGCCACUGGGGAGCCGGAUUGAAGAGGGCGUUCCUCAGUUCCUGGUCCUCAUUUCGUCUGGAAAAUCCGGGGAUGAGGUGGACGACGCGGCAGCAGAACUCAAGAGGAAUGGCGUGGCACCAUUUACCAUCUCCAAGAGUGCAGACCAGGAGGAGCUGGUUAAGAUUUCCCUGAGCCCUGAGUACGUGUUCUCAGUGAGCACCUUCCGGGAGCUGCCCAGCCUGGAGCAGAGGCUGCUGACGCCCAUCACGACCCUGACCUCAGAGCAGAUUCAGCAGAUGCUGGCCCGCACUCCCUACCCUCCUCCUGCUGCCGAGAGCGAUGCUUCCGACAUUGUCUUCCUCAUUGACAGCUCCGACGGGGUGACGUCUGAAGGCAUUGCACACAUCCGAGACUUUAUCAUCAGGAUUGUCCGAAGGCUCAACGUUGGCCCCAAUAAAGUGAGAAUUGGGGUUGUGCAGUUCAGCAAUGAUGUCUUCCCGGAAUUCCAACUGAAGACCCAUAAGUCCCAGGCCACUGUGCUCGAUGCCAUCCGCCGCCUGAGGUUCAAAGGCGGGUCUCCACUGAACACUGGCAGAGCUCUGGAAUAUGUGGCAAAAAAUCUCUUUAUCAAGUCUGCUGGGAGCCGGAGAGAAGACGGGGUGCCCCAAUACCUGGUUCUGUUUCUGGGUGGAAAAUCCCAGGAUGCCAUUUCCAGGCCUUCAAUUAUGAUACACGAGGCAGGGAUUGUGACUGUAGGGGUCGGAGACCGAAAAAUUGACAGCUUGGAGCUGGAGGCUAUCACCGGCUACCCCAGACUGGUCUUCACAGUGCGAGAGUUCAGAGAUCUCCCCAGUGUAGAAGAGAGGAUCAUGUACUCAUUAGGACCCGCGGGGAUCACACCUGCACCACCGGGAGUGGACAUACCCUCCCCCCCUCGGACAGAUAAAAAGAAAGCAGACAUUGUGUUCCUAUUGGACGGCUCCAUCAACUUCCAGAGGAGCAGCUUCCAGGAGGUGCUCCACUUCGUGUCUGAGAUCGUGGACACGGUUUAUGGACAGGGCGACUCCAUCCAGGUGGGGCUGGUCCAGUACAACUCUGACCCCACCGACGAGUUCUUCCUGAAGGACUUCUCCACCAAGCAGCAGAUUAUCGAUGCCAUCAACAAGGUGGUCUACAAAGGGGGGAGGCACGCGAACACCAAGGUGGCCAUCGAGCACCUGCGGCUGAAUCACUUCGUGCCGGAGGCAGGCAGCCGCCUGGAUCAGCGGGUCCCUCAGAUCGCGUUUGUGAUCACCGGCGGGAAGUCCAUGGAGGACGCUCAGGAGGCGAGCCUGGCACUCACCCAGAGAGGUGUCAAAGUGUUUGCGGUGGGCCUGGGAAACAUCGACUCAGUGGAGGUCGGGAAGAUUGCGUCCAACAGCGCCACGGCCUUCCGUGUGGGGAACAUCCAGGAGCUGUCGGAGUUGAAGGAGCAGGUGUUGGAAACUCUGGACGAUGCCAUGAAUGAGAUCUUGUGUCCGGGGGUGACGGAUGUUUCCAAAGCCUGUAAUCUGGAUGUGAUUCUGGGGUUUGAUGGUUCAAGAGAUCAGAAUGUCUUUGUGACUCAGAAAGGCCUUGAGUCUAAGGUGGACAUCAUCCUGAAUAGAAUCAGCCAGAUGCAAAGACUCAGCUGCAGCGGCGGCCAGAUGCCCACCGUGCGGGUGUCUGUGGUGGCCAACACGCCCUCGGGCCCUGUGGAGGCCUUCGACUUUGCCGAGUACCAGCCGGAGCUGUUUGAGAAGUUCCGGAACAUGCGCAGCCAGCACCCCUACGUCCUCACUGCGGACACGCUGAAGGCCUACCAGAGCAAGUUCAGGCAGUCCUCGCCCGACAGUGUGAAGGUGGUCAUUCAUUUUACUGAUGGGGUGGACGGAGAUCUGGCUGAUUUACAAAAGGCAUCGGAGGAACUUCGACAAGAAGGUGUCCGAGCCCUGAUGUUGGUGGGCCUGGAGCGCGUGGCCAACCUGGAGCAGCUGAUGCAGCUGGAGUUCGGGCGAGGGUUCACGUACAACAGGCCCCUGAGGCUCAACUUGCUGGACCUGGACUACGAGCUUGCGGAGCAGCUGGACAACAUCGCUGAGAAAGCUUGCUGUGGGGUGCCCUGCAAAUGCUCUGGACAAAGGGGAGACCGAGGACCCAUCGGCAGCAUCGGGCCAAAGGGUAUUUCUGGAGAAGAUGGCUACCGAGGUUAUCCUGGUGACGAGGGUGGACCCGGUGAACGUGGUCCUCCUGGUGUGAAUGGCACUCAAGGUUUUCAGGGCUGCCCCGGCCAGAGAGGAAUAAAGGGCUCUCGAGGAUUCCCAGGAGAGAAGGGUGAAUUGGGGGAAAUCGGCCUGGAUGGUCUUGACGGGGAAGAUGGAGACAAAGGCGUGCCUGGUUCUUCCGGAGAGAAAGGGAAUCCCGGGAGAAGGGGUGACAAAGGACCUAAAGGGGACAGAGGAGAACGAGGAGACGCUGGAAUUCGAGGGGACCCGGGUGACUCAGGACGGGACAGCCAGCAGAGAGGACCCAAAGGAGAAACCGGAGACAUUGGGCCCAUGGGCCUCCCUGGGAGAGACGGUGUGCCUGGAAGGCCUGGCGAUCCCGGCAAGGACGGCGGCUAUGGCCGAAGGGGACCGGCAGGAGCUAAGGGCAACAGGGGUGGUCCAGGCCAGCCGGGCUCUGCAGGAGAGCAGGGGACCAGAGGUGCACAGGGUCCAGCUGGUCCCACCGGCCCUCCAGGCCUGAUGGGAGAACAAGGCAUUCCUGGCCCUCGGGGGAGCGGAGGGACCGCAGGCCCUCCGGGAGAACGUGGCAGAACCGGGCCCCUGGGAAGAAAGGGCGAGCCCGGAGAUCCAGGACCAAAGGGAGGAAUCGGGAACCGGGGGCCCCGUGGGGAGACGGGAGAUGAUGGCCGAGAUGGGAUUGGCAGUGAAGGACGCAAAGGCAAAAAGGGAGAAAGAGGAUUUCCUGGAUACCCAGGUCCAAAGGGUACCCCCGGUGACCCAGGAACAGGGGGAUCACCAGGACCCAAAGGCAUCAGAGGUCGAAGGGGAAAUUCAGGGCCUCCAGGGACAGUGGGACAGAAGGGAGACCCUGGCUACCCGGGACCAUCUGUAAGUACCUGCCGGUUCCCAUUAAGCUGCCCGUGGGGUGGAUGCCUUCAUAAGCCACGAGGGCAUCCCACAGCUCAGGAGGCUGUGCUGAAGCUGUCGGAUGCUGGGAUCACGCCUUGUUCCUCACAGCAGGAGGACCGGCAGCUGGUCAACGCCUACAGGUCUAUCAAUAACACAGCUGUGGGGCACGCACUGGUCCUGCCCGCCAGGAGGGACCUCACGGACUUCCUGAAGAAUGUCUUGACUUGUCACGUUUGCCUGGACAUCUGCAACAUCGACCCAUCCUGUGGAUUCGGCAGCUGGAGGCCUUCUUUUAGGGACCGGCGAGCAGCAGGCAGCGAUGUGGACAUCGACAUGGCUUUCAUCUUAGAUAGCUCUGAGUCCACCACCCUGUUCCAAUUCAAUGAGAUGAAGAAAUACAUAGGGUACCUGGUCAGACAGCUGGACCUGAGCCCUGACCCCAAGGCUUCCCAACACUUUGCCCGAGUGGCCGUGGUGCAGCAUGCACCCUAUGAGUCCAUGGGCAAUGCCAGUGUGCCACCUGUAAAGGUAGAAUUCUCCCUGACUGACUAUGGCUCCAAGGAGAAGCUAAUGGAUGCCUUGGGCAACAGGAUGGCACAGCUGCAGGGGACCAGGGCCUUAGGCCGUGCCGUUGACUACACCAUAGAUCAUGUCUUUGAAAGUGCACCCAACCCACGAGACCUGAAAAUUGUGGUUCUGAUGCUGACAGGGGAGGUACAGAAGCAACAGCUGGAGGAGGCCCAGAGAGCCAUCCUGCAGGCCAAAUGCAAGGGCUACUUCUUUGUGAUUCUGGGCAUUGGCAGGAAGGUCAACGUCAAGGAGGUAUACAGCUUCGCCAGCGAGCCAAGUGAUGUCUUCUUCAAGCUUGUGGAUAAGUCCACUGAGCUCAACGAGGAGCCUCUCAUGCGCUUUGGGAGGCUGUUGCCGUCCUUUGUCAGCAGUGAAAAUGCUUUUUACUUGUCCCCUGAUAUCAGGAAACAGUGCAGUUGGUUUCAAGGGGACCAACCGGCAAAGACUCCUGUGAAAUUUGGUCACAAACAAGUAAACACACCAAAUAAUGUUACUUCAAGUCCUACAUCCAAACCAGUGGCCGUGGUCAACCUGCCGGCCUCAAAGCCGGCUGCCUCAAGACCUGCAGCUGCAAGACCUGUGCCUGCCAAGCCUGAGGCCUCAAAGGUGGCCACAGUCAGACCUGCAGUGGCCGCAAAGCCCGUGGCAGCAGCAAAACCAGUGGCAGGAGCAAAACCGGUAGCAGGAGCAAAACCGGUGGCAGCAACAGCAAAGCCAGUGGCAGCAGCAAAGCCGGUGGCAGCAACAGUAAAGCCAGUGGCAGCAGCAAAGCCGGUGGCAGCAGCAAAACCGGUGGCAGAAACAGCAAAGCCGGUGGCAGCAGCAAAGCCAGCAGCUGCAAGACCCCCUGCUGUUACCAAACCAGUGGCAGCAAAGCCUGAGGCCCCCAAGCCCCAGGCAGCCAGGCCGGCCACUACCAAGCCAGCCACUGCGAAGCCCGCGGUCAAGGCUGCCCGAGAGGUCCAGGUGCUGGAGAUCACCGAGAACAGCGCCAAACUCCACUGGGAGAGGCCGGAGCCCCCCAGCCCUUACUUUUACGACCUCACCGUUACCUCGGCCCAUGACCAGUCCCUAGUUCUGAAGCAGAACCUCACGGUCACGGACCGCGCCAUCGGGGGCCUGCAAGCUGGGCACACGUACCAUGUGGUGGUGGUCUGCUACCUGAGGUCUCAGGUUAAGGCCAUCUACCGUGGAAGUUUCAGUACAAGGGAAACUCAGCCUCCACCUCCACAACCAGCAAGGCCGGCCUCUAGUUCAACCUUCAAUCUCAUGGUGAGCACAGAACCGCUGGCUGAGAAUGAAAUAGAUAUCUGUAAGCUGCCCAAAGAAGAAGGAACCUGCAGAAAUUUUGUGUUGAAAUGGUACCACAACGCGCAGACCAAGACCUGUGGGAGGUUCUGGUACAGAGGGUGCGGCGGAAACGAGAACAGAUUCGAUUCACAGGAAGAAUGCGAGAAGGUUUGCUCUCCUGGGCUUGUCAACCCCAAAGUCAUGGCUGUGAUCGGGACCUAAGCAUGGCCGACCAGGGACACGUACCUCUUGAAGAAGAAGGAGUCAGCCAUGUCCAAGCCGUCUUCAUAGAAGCUCCGGGUAUUGAUUCCCUGGCACCGUACCAUUUCAUGCUUUGAUUUACACUCGAACUUGGGGAGCCGUCUGCCGCACGACCUAUCAACAUGGUGCUAGUGUGCCUGUGGGCCCACGCUCUGGUCCCCAGGCAGUGACCACGUAUACUUUGAACGUGUGUAAUAGCCACUGCUGGUGUCUAUGUGAACAUGUCUAAACAUUCAAAUCCCCUCUGCAGUUUCAUGUUCUGCCUGUUCCAGGCAAACAUAAGAUCUAGAAAAUAGCCCCCAACUUCACAGCUACUCUCUAUCCUUCCGCUUGGUUCGUCUUUUUCCCUCCCAGUUAAGCAUGACUUUAGAUGGAUAGCCUGUCCUGGCGAAUAAACAACUACCCAAUGUUUCCAUUUUUCUCCCCAAAUCCUGGAUUAGAGUCCAAGAGAAUUUUCUUUUUCUAAAGCCUCUAACAAACCAUCUGGUUGGAAGGAAGCAGACUCUCUUAAUCUCUGUGCACUGCUACGGGACCAAUGCCUCCAUUAAAGAAUGAAAAGAAAGUCAUAAUAGAGAAUAUUUUUGGCAUUCCUCUAA